AAACAUCAAAAAUAUUUUGUGAAGAAGGCCUGUUUGUGCUUUUAGUAGUAUGGACAUGCUGGGGAAAAAAAAAUCAAUAGGCCUAUCUGUCUCGUUUUUGUUGGGGGUGAAAUACCACAUAAUAGUUGAAAUGUAAGUAAUGCUGCUACUGAAAGAAAGGUUUGAUAAAUGUGUGCAUUUUAUUAUUAUUAUUUAAAUUUUGGGGCCAUCAUCUCGCGAUCUCGUCUUCAAUCCGGAAUCUAUUCCCUUCUCUGGUUUCGGAAUAUAUUCAUUACAAGGACAAAGGUCAUGUUCAGCAGCUGAAGCCAUUAAGAUGGCGCAUCAUGAAUGGAUGUACAGGGAAAAGAGCUGAUGCUAUUAAAUGACAGGUGAAGGUCUCCGAAGAAAACAUUUUAAAGCAUGCCGAAGCGGAAGAAUCAUCACACAGACGAUCCAGAGGGAGACCAGACGAUUCCGCUCCCGAUCCAGUCGUUUUUCUGGAGACAAACAAGCCCUUUCAUACGUCCAAAACUAGGAAAGCUUUGUGAAGCUGCUUGUGUAUCUCUGGAGAGGGUGGUGGUACAGAACAUUCUGCAUGGCCUGUCCCCCAGCCUUUGUGAAGCUAUACAAAGUGUCCCCAGAUGGAAGGUUAUACAGGCAGCAUUCCCCCAUGUCAUGCACGCAUGUUCAGCUCUCAUUCAGCAGUGUAAACAGGCUGAUCAGGAUACCCAGUUUGGUCCCAGUGAAGUGAAGCUGCUGUACAUUCUACACUGGAUCAUUCUGGAUGCAGCCUCGGAGUGUGAAGACAUGGAGACAGACCCUUCCAGAAAUGGUGUUUCAGUACAGCUGCACUCACUCUGUACCGUGCAGCUUCUGGUGUAUCUCUUGGCUCCAGUGAUCCAUCUCCUGAGGGAUUCAGACUUUCAGACCCUGAAACUAGAGAAUGGUCUAAGAUUCUGGCAGCCAUUAUGGGACUAUAGACAACCUGACAUACCAUGCUUCUCCACUCCCGUCAAACCACAAAGAAACAUCCUCAAAGCUCAACGUAACCUGCUCAAAGUCAACACCAAUGCUGCAAAUAUCUACAUUGGUAAAGGCACUUCCAGAGAGAAUCUCAAUUUCUUGCAUGAGCGACACUGUGCUAGUCGCAAGUCCAGUUUCAACGAUCAACACUCUGUACAUGCCCCUCUUGCCAGAUGGAGUGAUAUAUGCCCUCUUUCCACUGCAGACUCUCACUCCAUUAACAUGGAAGUGUUGUGUGAACACUGUAACAAUGUCAUAUCAAGCAGAGAGUCAGAAGAAAGGACUUGUCACUGCAACAGAAAAGAAAGCACAGAGACCUUUACAUUUGAACCCAACUUGUUUAAUUUUCAGAUGAUGUCUUCAGUAGAUGAGGAGUUGGUAAAGCAGAGACUAGCUAGUGCAGUUACCAGUGGAAUCCGCGGCCCCACUGCUCCAGACAUACUGAGUGCUAGCUACUUUGACAUUGCAGUUUUGCGCUGUUUGUUCAGCUUGCAUUGGUCCGAGGAAGGUGUUUUCUGGGGUUUGAAGUAUGUGCAUCAGAGGCUGUUGGAAGUUUGUGAUGAGUAUGUUAGAAUGGAUUACUCUGAACGAGAGAGAAGUCAUUCCUUGCCAUUCCAAGACAUUAAGCUUUUAAGAAGUCAAAGUACCCAACUACAUGGAAAUGAAAAAUCCUUUGGGAAACUAAAGAGUGGGUUGAAGAAACCCUCCUCCAGAUUAGAAACAAUUCCAAGUGCAGGAGAAAUCUCGCCAUCACUGGAACAUAAAAUGGAGGUAAAUCGAGAAACAAAUGUUGGAGGUGAACAAACUUUUAAAAAGAUGAAAACAAUUGCCCCAGAAGACCGUAAAAGCCAAAAUACUAAAGACAAGAAACCCACAUUUUACUUAGCAGGGUCUCCAUCAAAAGAAGAUACUCAGUACAAUCAACUGACCAAUGAAUUCUUGAACUUCGAGAAAAUGAGGAAAAAGGGAACAAGGUAUAAUGAGAGGAUUUAUGAACACUACCUAUCAAAGAAGGACGACUCGUCAAGUGCAGCCACCAUGUCUACACAGGACUUGGAUGUUGAUCCCAGUAAUAAAGGUCACAAGUCAGUUUCAUUCCCACCCUCUCUUACUAAACGGGAGAUAACUGAUGCCAAACUUAAACAUCCAGGUUCUGACCAUGAUUCAUUGAUGACCAGUAGCCGCAGUUCCACCUCGUCCUCGCAGCUUGGGGAUUCUAGUCAUGCAGAGACAAGGACAGGGACCGAGGGAAGGUCAGAUGUGAUGUCAUCGGAGGAUGAGAAACAGAAGCCAAUGAUAAUGGUGACUGAGCAUGGUGUAUGGGAUCGACAGAGGAUUAGGAACACAGUCAGUAAGCCACCAGAGUCAGCAAAUGGAAUCAGAGACAGGAAAGGUGAUAUUUUUGAGAGGAAUAAUGCUGGUUGCUUGAAAGACACUGCCCACAGAGAGAAAGUCUCAGCCAUAUUUUUCUUAGAUGACCAAAAUCAGCAGCAAAGAAAAGAGAAAGAGGGUUCGAUUCCCCGUAGUAUGACAGACUCUGAUAUUAACUACAACCAUGAGGAGGAGGUUCACGAGGUGUCGGGAUCAGUUUACUAUACACAGGACAAUGGCCACCUGAAUUAUAAAGUCAUACUGCAGGCCAUUCACUUUAUUGCUCUGAAUCAGGCCACACCCAAGGUGUGUGAGGUGCUAUUGAAUGUCAUUAAUUGUUUACUAGACCUGGAAGUUAUAGAGAGGAAACAAGAUGUAAAACCACCGGAAUCUCCAGAGAAUAAGAAGAACGAGGGAGACAGUACCCAGAGCACAGCCUCAGAUUUAUCACAGGAACAGACAGCUCACAGUCUGGCCAUGGACAGCUUGUUAAGCAUUUUUAAGGCUCUUGGGUGUCCUAAUGGAUGUGGCGAUGGAUUGAGGGGUAGUUAUGGAGACCACCUAAGGUUGAAAGGUCACCAGUGUCUGCAAAGACUACAACAAAUCAACUCAGUUUUGUUUAAAGUCUACCUGAAAGAGACGGUGGAGAAAUGCCCAAUACAAGAGACCGUAGAUUUCCUGCAUGCUUUACUGGGAUUCUGCACUGACCCUACAUUGAUUCUACAACAGACUCAAGGCCAGGCAGAAAGGAAGAAGUCAUGUUCCCAGGCGGAGACCCCAGUGAAUGGGUUCCAUAACAACUUUGGCCACAGUAUUGGUGGUGUGGGCCAUCGAGGGGAGGAAGGUGUGCUGAUAGCCAAUAUACUCAAACCGUUUGUCUCCAAAUGUGUGGAAAAUGCCAGAGAACUGUAUGGAAGUGACAACAUAUGUGUAUUUUGUGACAUCCGCCAGUUUAUGGCAUAUGUGAAAGAGAUUCAUGGAGGCACAUUCAGACGGGUGGAACUGAGUGGAUUGUUGGACUCCGCAAUGAAGCUGAAAAAGCAAGAAAAAGAAUCUAAAGUCAGAUCCUCACUAACCAUUAGGAGAACGACCUCACAGACCUCUGAGAGUGGAGAUGAUAUUGGAAAACCACCAACAACACCCACCGAAGACCCACCAAGUCGCAGCAAAGGCAGGCGUUCCAUUUUCAAAAAGAAAGUCAAAAAGCCCUAUGCCACAGCCAGUGAUUCAGAGCUGCUGGAGGAUUCGAAAAACAAAAAUGCAACUACAGAUGAUGAAGCUGUACCGAAUGCCUCCAGUACUGGUCGUCGACGCUUCAGCAAGUUUCAUCUUGGAUUCAGACGUCCUACAAAGCCUGACCACGAAGAAGAAGCUAUGAGUGAUCCUCCUCCUCUGGAUAGGAGGGAGAGUAAAAGCGAUAUUCAGGCCCCCCGUAUUAAGACCAAGAUGUCCUUCAGGACGGCCAGCCAAGCCACUAUCACCUUCCUCAGUGCCAGAAAAAGAAUUGAGGGUGGGCUGAAAAGUCUGGGAAAGAGGAUGAGUAAGAGAGGAAGUGUGGAUGAAUGGAAACAAAGGGAGACCACUCAAGUGGAAGAUACAGAGAAUGACUCCAUUAUCAUAAAGGAAAAGAAACUAGUGGACAAAUUCUUGGUCAAGUCUGGCAUGUUGAGGUUCUCUUUCCUGCUGGAGUGUGCUCCUCCUGGAGGUAUUCCUGACCCCCAGCUUGUGGCUGCCAUGCUGGAACUGGAAGCUCCAGUAGUAGCUAGGGCAGCAUUGUUACUGGAAUGUGCCCAAUUUAUUCAUCGCUGUAACCAUGGAGAUUGGCCCAAUUGGAUGAGACUCAAUUUGCCAAGUUUCCGGCAGUCAACUUCAGCACUUCAAAACCGAGGCCAGCCAUCAGGGUACAGACGAACCCUGGCUUUACAGAAAUCAGCAGGAAGGAUGUUCUACAAAUGGGCAGAGAAUCUUGGAAGUAUGAUGGAGUACAUUUUAGCCAAAGAAUACAAAGAUCGCUUGAACAUCAUCAGUGAUAUUCACAACGAGUCCAGGAAGAAGGAGCUCCGCAUAUCUGAUGAAGAAGAGGACUUUCUUGAUGAAGGCACUGUUAACGAGAAAGGAUCUGAGUGUCCAUAUGCUUUGAAAAUGGCUGCAUGUUUGGUUCUUCAAGAGAUCACUACAUUCCUUAGGGAGACUUUCAGAGAUCUGCCAAAGGGUCGCAGUGCUAGACAAGCGUGGGACCGCCCAACCAGUACCACUAGGAGGUGGAGCAGUAUUGUCAGCAGCCCAGGGCAUUCCCAGAGUUCUGAGUCCAAUAUGGCUGACAUGCCACAUUCAUCAUCUGCCGUGAUUGGGAGCCCCAGUGGAGACAACAGUAGAAAGAUUAGUUUUGCUGUUUUUGGGGAGAGGUCAGAUUCCCUUCAUAGCAGCACUACCUCCAUUUCCAUGAUGGACCCAUCAGUGUCACCCAACAUCCACAGUGAUGAGAAAAAGGGACGAAAAUUAGCCACCACAAGACCAAAGAUCAAACUUUUCAGAGGAGGAUCUGGAACCAACUCUAGUUUUAGACUGAAGAAAGGAGUACAGCAAAAGCAUGGAAGCAGUUUUAAGAGAUAUGGCAGCCAAAAAUCUCGUAAAGUUAGCAGUCAGUCCCAAUUCUCGGACAGAGGUUUGGAGGAAGAUGUGGGGUUGGAUGACACCGAGUCACUGCUGAGUGAGGAGAAUGAGGGAGGGGAUCACGAGGAGCCAAAUGAUGUGUCCCUAUGUCACAAUAUGCCUUGGAUCAAGGUUGUAGUGCAGAUUGCAAAUCUAUCAAAUUUUAUAUGUUCCCACCAAAACUUUUGUCAUCCAAACUGCUAUGAGCGCCAGAGGAGGUCGUGUUCCAGGCUAGUUACAGGGCUGAAGAAGAUUUAUCAAUCCACGGAACAUGAGGAAGAGGAGAAGAAGCAAGACAUGAAGAAAGACUUCCUCAAAGAAAGGCUGAAGCGAAGGGGGUCAAUAUUUCAACAAACUUCACCGACUUGGAGGAGAGAGAGCACCCCACUCCUAGAGAAGAUUAAGACAGAUGUAUCUAUGUCGAAACUAAAGAUGACCUCUACAUGGAAGAAGGAGGAAAAGCCAAAGGAGGUCAAGGAAGAAUCACCUAUGAUCAAGUACAUUACAUCACAGGCCCAAAAACUUACACAGUGUCCCAUGGGAAUUAUUGCCAAGGCUGCCCCUAUUCUGUCAGAGGAGAAUCUUAUAGACAUCAUUCCGGUGGCCUGGGAGCUGAUUCUAGAGACUGAUCAGGAACUGGCAGCCUCUGCAGCUUCAGUGUUUCUCCUGACCUCUGUCAAGUGCCCAGACAAAGCCCAGAAAUUAAUGGUAAAGGAAAUGCAGCAUGAAGAUACCACUCAGAGAAUCAAUGCUGUGUUAAGAUUUGGAAUCUUGUGGAAAUUUCGUCAGCAAGUUUGGCCAAGAAUGGAGGAUGGAGCAAACAUGUUCUUUAAGGUGCCUCCUCCCAACAUAGAUUUCACACUGCCAUCUCCUACCAUUGGGCUGCCAUCACAGACCGUAGUGGACCCUCCAUGGACUCCUCACUUCAAGGCAAAAAUUGAGGAGGUCACUGUCAACCAGGAGGGCACUAAAUCCUUAGUGACUGCUACAACAACCAGAAGAAAAGAACAGCAGGAGAUGAUUCGGAAGGCUUUCCAGGCAGAAGAAGAACGAAAGAGGGUGGGGCGUGAACGGUUUCCCAUGACAACCAUCCCAGUUAACCAUCUGGCUGCCCAUGAACCAGCCAUUCAUCAUGCCAGUGAAGAACACGAAGAAGCUGUGAUGACAGACGAACUUAGCAACCUGGCUGCUCGGCGUGUAUCAAUGGCUCCCAUCAAUCGAGCUAACUUACAAAGUCGUAGUAUGUCAUGGAGGAAUGGUAGUGUCUAUUGGGCGAGGCUGGAAGGUGAGGAGGAACGGCCAGAACACCUCCAUCACAUGCAGCAGGCCCAGACAUUCUUUCCCUCCUGUAUAUGUGCUGCAGUGCUUCCAAUCAUUCACCUGCUGGCAGACGGUGACGUGAACAGCGAUGGUGUGUCUGUUAACGAAGUAGCCGAGAAGGUCAUUUGGAAUUGUAUGGUGGAGGACCCUGUGUUGUUCCUAAGGCACUUUUUAGAGAAACUCACACACAGAGAUAAACUGGAAGAGCUACUUUUCUUAAUGAGAAAGCUAGUUCUACACUACAGAGAGCUUCCAGCCCAGAUGGCACAUGCUCUAUUUAAUUACCUGAUUGGGUAUGUGAUGUUCUAUGUGAGAUCUCCAUGUGCAGGAAGUCAGGAGGCCAUAGCAGGUGCCCUAGCUCUAGUUUGGCAGGUCAUUCCCAGUGUAGAUGGGAUAUAUUUCAAGGACUUGAAGCAAACAUUGAAAAAGGAACAAUGUGAUCCAUACAUUUUGAUAUCUGCCAAUGUUCCUAGUGCUAAAAAGAUCCUAAUUCACGGUCCUGAUGAAGCCAGUAUUCCAUCACAACUUCCAAUACAUGAGGAUACACAGUUUUCUCAGAUUUUACAAGACAGUCUGGAUUUCUUCAACAUCCCAGAGGAAGACUACCCUUUGUACUUCCUAGUAGAUACCAAAUCAAACCAGAUUCACAACCUGAACUCCUACGUCAGGGACUUUUAUUUCUUCCGCCGGAAUUUUUAUCCUCAGCUGAGUUUGGUUGCCAUAGAUCCAGACAAUGCCAUGGCUUCACUUGAAAGACAGGCCUUUACCUUGAAGUUUGUGGAGAUUGGUAAAGUCCUAUUCACAACAAAUGUUUUGAAAAGCACACCACUGCAUCAGAUUCAGAAUCAUGUAAGUUUUCUUCAUGAAGAAUUUCUGAAGUUGCCCUCGUUUCCCAGGAAGGCCCUGGAGGCUGAAUUCAGUCUCUACAAUGGGAAAGGUGGAGAGGAGAUAUAUGGAUUAGACACCCUACAUAAAUUCUCUUGGGUGAAGCUGAUAGCCACACUGUUUUCUUCAAUGAGCAAUUCAUUUUCCUGGAGCAAUGACCUUCAGUUAUUUCUGAAUGUCAUUAAUGGCUGCAUCAUUUUGCAUUGUGAGGACAUGGCCCUGUUGAGGUACUGUCUGGCCUCGCUGAUCAACACGUCCAGGCACUUCAAACACAUCUUUUCUAUGAAUGGUUUUAUGCAUGUUAUGCCGACACUUCUGAAGACAUACAGUAACAAUCAACCAAACCCUGUGUUGUGUCAGGCCAUCGAGUUUGUGUGCCGCCAGUUCUACAUACUCCACCGGAAGCCCUUCAUAUUGCAGAUGUUUGGCAGUGUAGCCUCUAUGUUGGAUAUGUCCUCAAAAGAAACGGGGAUGAUUGACUAUAGAAAGAUCCAGCCUGACUGUCUGUUUAAACUGUUGCUGUCGCUGGAGAAGCCAGACUGUGCCGACAACCUCAGUGUUUUAGAGUUAGUAGAUGGAAAGAAACCCCUGGAAGCUCUGGACUUCUGUUAUGAAAAUGACCCAGAUCGACUUUCCAUGAUUGAGGUCAUUAACUUAUGUGUGACAGUGAUAGCAUAUGCCCCAGACUCCUUUAGAAGUGUUCAGAUGUUGACCGUCCUAGAGGUUAUUGUUUCUAAGUAUAUCCACCAUCUCAAAAGUGAGACAAUUCGCGUGGAUAAGCCACAUGCUGCCCUGGCUGAAGUGGCUGCCAUCACGGAUGUGGGCAUCGCUAUGAGGGCUCUUAUCAGUUCUUGUGAAUACUUCACCAGGAGCAUGGCCUUACCAAGACAGUUGGAAAAUGAAAAAGCAAAUCCCAAGAGUAUGACCAGCAAUCAUUCACCACUGGGAGGGACAAGUUAUUAUGACGACAGAGAAGACUCUCAUAUUAGCCGCCAUGUGGAAGAGGGAAGAAAGAAACAGUAUACCCAGGAAACGGAGGACACAGAAGUGACCAAUGAGUUCAGGAAGCCCCGGGACUUGUUCCUUAUAGUCAUUGCCGAGUUCUACAGCACCUGUCAGCCUCGUCUGAGGAGUAACGAGUUGAGAAGGAUGCUGGUGGAGGCUUCGUCACGCCCACCCACGGAACUACUGGACCACAAAUCUCAUAACAGAUUGGCAGAAAUAGCAAACACAUUACUGAAAUUAGCACCAUAUGAUCCCCAAACACUAAGCUGUACAGGACUUCAAAGGUACAUGAUGGAAAUUUUACCACUGACAAACUGGAAACAAGAGGCAGUGAGACCUGGAUUGAAUCUUAUCCUGAGGCGACUGGAUCGGCUGUUUAACAAGAUCUCCAAAAAGUCCUCACUCCGGAGACAGGCCGACUGGAAUGCAGCAGCCAAUCUUCUUCAAGGUGUAUAUUUGGCACUAAAGACAUUCCAGUAUAUUGCCCAUUUACCCCACUUAAAGACCUUCGUCAAUGCUCUGCUGGUGAUUGUGUUGGCUGGUCCAGGGGCACCCGUUUUACCAGAUACUACCUCUGGUAUUCAUGGUAGCCAUCGCAGUGAGUACGGUACCGUUUUUCACAUUGUGCCUCCCACCUUCUGCUCAGCUGUGGUUAAACUGGUAGCCAUGCAGAUGCAAGCAUUAGGGGACCAGUUUUCUCUGGAACAGAUUUGUGGAGGAAGUGUUUUUGCCUCCCAUGACAAGUGUAUCAAUAUGCUGGUUAACUUCAUCUUGCCCUUGUGUAUAAGACUGGGAUGUGCCAGAAGAGGUGACACACCCAAGCUGAGAUCAGAAAACGUCUCGUUUGCUUUGACAGUAAUCCUGAAUAUUCUGUGUCCACCUGCAAGGAUGCCCCAGCAACAUCAGCAAAAUUCCAGCUCUAAAUCGACUAUACACCAUUUGUCUUUCACGGAGAAUCACAGGUGUAGCAGUUUCAGUCAGUCGGACAAAAUUCACCGACCGGAAAACCAGCUGUUGCUAAGUGUGGCUUACCUAGGUCUGGAGAUAUUGAUGGUCUGCUUUGAUCGAGUCCUGUCAUCAGAGUGGCACAAGGUCACAAAGAUCAUCCACGAUAUUGGAAGUAAAGGAAAAGUGUCCUUACCUCUGUGGAGAUUUGUGGAUUUUCUAGUCACCCAUAGACCUUCAUGUUUCUUGAUGCUACAGCCAUUCAUUCUGUACAAGAUGAUGAAGAUAAACUGUGACACUGCCCAGGAGUAUUAUCUUCAGCAAGCCAUCAAAGACAAAAUGCAAGGGUUCUCAUUCUCUCAUCCAAAGUGUUCAGCCACCGUGUUACUUCAACUGGCAGUUGACUUACAGCAUCUCAAAGAAGAAUUCUAUAAUGUGGGAGAGAUUCGUUCUAUAGAUGCAGACCUUCCACACAACCAGUAUGAGCAGCGGGCAAGUGUCACAGAGGUAGCUAUUGAUCUGAUUGGAUUAUCACUGGGACCAACUUUGGCAGCUGGAGGAAAAUACUCAAGUGCCACCAUAUUGUCCCAGCCCAGUUCCAGCACAAGUCCUCCAUUUAAAGCUACGGCAGUGGCCUCUAGUAUUGAAAGUGACAGCCCCACACAUAAGGACAGCAAGGCCAGCCGCAGAAUCUCUGCCAAGGAAAACAUCAGUAUUCUGGACAGGUUCCGUAAACCAACCAUAGACGACACAUCCCCAUUGGAUUCCUUGGCACCAGAUUUAUAUUCCUUAACCAGACAACCAGCAAUAUACCGGUCCUCAGACACCAUGUCCAAACAGAGCAGCAUUGAGGACAGCAUUGCCCCGGCUGUGAUGUACCAGACUAAUGAACUGGAAACACCCAAUGGACUUGCCAAGCACACAAUCAGCCCAGAACUAGACCCCAAAGUUCAUCGUCUACAAAGGCAAGAUGUCAGGAGCAGAAAAACUUUUAAGCGCAGGAAAGCCACAAAAGCACCCAGCAUGAAGAGACUGGGUGGUCAAGGUUACGCUGGCGACACGAGUGAAGGAGAGGCUGGGAGCUCAGAGAGUUCUCCUGCUCGCAGAACCUACAGUAUGCGACGAACAAAUCAUGAAGCUACCCCAUCAUACCAAGACAGAUCUUCCUAUGUCAGGGAGAUUUCUCGCAGUCACCAAGGGUUUACAUCACAUCCUGGUUUCCCGGAGAUGUCACGCAUGGUGAAUACACGCUCAAGUUGGGGCAGUGGUACAGAGAGGAGUCGCGGCCAUCACCGCAGUGGUUUGGUCCAAUCAGAGCAUGGCCCCCAUAUGACAGGAGGAGAAGAAAUUAAGACCAACAGACAGCGAUACAUACAGCGCUCCAAGUCACAUGAUGAUCCUCAUGGUGACCUAAAUGCCCCUGCAGGUUCAGCUCGAGGAAGAAUUGCUCGUCAAGGAGGAAGAAUCGUUCACUCGCGCUCUCCAUCUUCUAGCCCAGCCAGAAUUCCAAGAGAAAUAAUAGAUGUGACCAAAGUUGACCAUGGACCCCAUAACUCAGAAUCACAAGAUGUUACCUCGCCUAUUGUGCGACGCCAUGCUAAAAGGGUCAAAUCUCCCACCUCUCCUCCUCUAGGUCAUAGGAUAAGCUCCCCACCCUCCAGUCCAACCCACACUCCACCAUCCAGUCCAACCCACAGCCCUGUCAGAAGUCAAGCCUAUAUUUCACACUACGACUCAAGUGACUCCCUCAAUGCUAAUGAAAGCUCGGCACUCAUCAGAGAUGAAAACGAUUCCAGUCGAUCCCAGUCCUCAGUCUGUAUUUACUUUGAUGACUUUGGGAUCAAGGACACGUUGGUCUGAAUGGAUUACAGAGGACCACACAUUGAGAAUUUGUACAGUUGUUAUUUGUUGUGAUGGUGUGUGUACUACAAGUUGGUGUUUAGCCUUUAGAUACAUGUAGUUUUGUACCAAGCUAGUGAAAGCAUGAGAAUUAAAACACUUAGUUCCUAGUUGAUGUACCAUCAAUAUAGGCAUUGUCGGUCAUGUUUCUAACAGAAGGAAUUUCAAAAACAAUGGGAACAUUUUUAAAGCAUAACAAACAUUUUACUUUGAAUAAAGUGUCUUAUUUAUUUUAUUUUCUUUGCAAACAAAUAUUUUGGUAUUUUUUAGAGAGCAGACAUUGUCACAAUUUUACUAUACAAAGCAAUCUUGCCAUGAUAUAGACAAUCUGUACAUAUUUUGUAAAUGUUAAGCACAUAUCAUUUGAAAGUUCUUUUUUUCCAACUUAGAACUGGUAUUUAGAAUUUGAAAGAAAUCGUGGUUUACAACAUUAACCACUCGUAGAUUUAAUAAUUUUUUUUUACAAGAUAGUGUAAAGAGAAAUGGAACUACAUGUAUUGUAUCAGACACUGAGCAUUUUGAAUUCAAAUAUUUUUUUUUUUGUGCCAAAUGUUUUUAUAGUGCAAUAUUUAUCAAUAAUAUCAAUUUGCCAGUUGAAUUUAAUAUAUAGAGUGCUGUUUACUGCCUUAAAGAUUCUAUAUACAUUUAUGUAAAAAUUUGUUAGAGCAAUAUUGUGUUCCAGGGAUUAUUGUUGUAUGCUUCGUAGCACUCAAAAGAACAUUACCCUUUUAAAAGCCGUUAACCUGAAAUUUUGGGGAAAUUAUUUCCAUGUGCAACAAUAUAUAUAAUUUAAAAGUCAUUUUGCUGUUCCUUACAAGGAAUAACUAGAUUUAUUUUCAUGCAAAGUAUGUGAUCAAAAUCAAUAUAAAGUAUAAUUGAUUAGUAAUAAUGAAUAAUUUUAAAUAUAUGUAUGUGUUCUUCCUAUCUUUAAUAAUGUACAUUUAUACAUCAUUGUACUAAUAUUGUUGAUGGUUUAGAAUAAAAAAAAAAUGUUGUUCA